AUGUCUAGCAAAUCCACCACAAGCCACCGUGCCUUCAGCACCAGCUCAGCCAGAGUCCCCAAGACUUGCCGCUCAGGCUUCAGCAGCGUCUCUGUGUCCCGCUCCAGGGGCAGUGGGGGCCUCACUGGGGCCUGUGGAGGAGCUGGCUUUGGCAGCAGGAGCCUCUACAGCCUGGGAGGCUCCAGGAGAAUCGCCAUUGGAGGUGGCAGCUGUGCCAUGAGGAGUGGAUAUGGCAGCAGAGUUGGAGGUGGCUUUGGCUUUGGAGCAGGAGCCGGUGGUGCAUUUGGUUUUGGUGCUGGAGCUGCUAGUGGCUUUGGGCUUGGUGGAGGAACUGGCUUUGCUGGUGGCUAUGGGGGCUCUGGCUUCCCUGUCUGCCCUCCUGGGGGCAUCCAAGAGGUCACUGUCAACCAGAGUCUCCUCACUCCUCUCAACCUGCAAAUUGACCCAACUAUCCAGAGAGUGAAGACUGAGGAGCGGGAACAGAUCAAGACCCUCAACAACAAGUUUGCCUCCUUCAUUGACAAGGUGCGGUUCCUGGAGCAGCAGAACAAGGUCCUUGAUACCAAAUGGACCCUGCUCCAAGAGCAGGGCACCAGGCCUGUAAGCCAGAAUCUGGACAUCCUGUUUGAGCAGUACAUCAACAACCUGCGGAGACAGUUGGAUAGUAUCACUGGGGAGAGAGGCCGCCUGGACUCAGAACUCAGAAGUGUGCAGGACCUGGUUGAGGACACCAAGAACAAAUAUGAAGAUGAAAUCAACAAGCGCACAGCAGCAGAGAAUGAAUUUGUCACUUUGAAGAAGGAUGUUGAUGCUGCUUACAUUACCAAGGUUGGCCUGCAAGCCAAUGUAGAUAGUCUUAUAGAUGAGAUCAAUUUCCUGAAAGCCUUCUAUGAUGCUGAACUAUCUCAGAUGCAAACUCACAUCUCAGACACAUCUGUGGUCCUGUCCAUGGACAACAACCGCAACCUGGACCUGGACAGCAUCAUUGCUGAGGUCAAAGCCCAAUAUGAAGAGAUUGCCCAGAGGAGCAGGGCUGAGGCCGAGUCCUGGUACCAGACCAAGUACGAGGAGCUGCAGGUCACAGCAGGCAGACAUGGGGAUGACCUUCGCAAUACCAAGCAGGAGAUUUCUGAGAUCAAUCGCACGAUCCAGAGGCUGAGAUCUGAGAUCGACCACGUCAAGAAACAGUGUGCCAGCCUGCAGGCUGCCAUUGCUGAUGCUGAACAGCGUGGAGAAAUGGCCCUCAAGGAUGCCAAGAACAAGCUGGAAGACCUGGAAGAUGCUCUGCAGAAGGCCAAGCAGGACAUGGCCAGGCUAUUGAAAGAUUACCAAGAACUGAUGAAUGUGAAGCUGUCCCUGGACGUGGAGAUUGCUACCUACAGGACAUUGCUAGAAGGCGAGGAGUGCAGGCUGAAUGGCGAAGGUGUUGGACAAGUCAACAUCUCUGUGGUGCAGUCCAACAUCUCCAACGGCUAUGGCAGCACCAGUGGGAUGGGUGGUGGUUUAAGCCUUGGUGGGGGCAGUGGCUACUCGUAUGGCAGUGGUCACAGCCUUGGAGGUGGCUUCAGUUCCAGCAGUGGCAGAUGCAUUGGAGGUGGCUUCAGUUCUACGGGAGGCAGCAGUUCCACUGUCAAAUACACCACCACCUCAUCCUCUAGCCGGAAGAGCUACAAGCACUGAAGCUCUACUGACAGUUCUCCAUCCAAUAGGCCUCAGGCCCCUGCUCCAGCUCCCUC